UAGUUUUUUGACUCAAUUUGCUCUUGUUGGCGCUCAUAACCCGGCCUCCAAAACCCUAAAUCCCACAAAACACACCCAGACACAGGAACCGAUAACAUUGCGCCAUGGCAAAACCAGUCGAAGCAGAAGCAGCAGGCAUGGAAGCCUUAAACCGCCUAAAAUCCAUUGACCCACCACUAUGGCUAGCACCAUCGUCCUCUCUGUCUCAAACAGCACGCACAGCUUGUAAACAUCUCUUCUCGUCAAUAAAUCCCCAUGUCCCUAAAUCCCCCUUUGAUCAACUUCUAAUUGAUGGGUGUGAUGCUGAGCAGAUUUGGCAGCAAAUUGACUUACAAUCACAGCCCUUGUUGUCCAGUUUACGCCGUCAAGUUUUGCACUUUCAGAAGAAUCCAGAGGAAAUUAAAGUAAAUGGUGACAAAGUUUUACAAGGGAAAAAAAAGGGCGUAGAAGACAAGGAGGUGAAAAAAGUUGAUGAGUUUGAUAAUAGUGAUGAUGAGGAUAUGUAUGAAAUUGAUGAUGAAGAUGACAGUGAUGAUGAUGCGGACGGAGGUGAGGAGGAAGAGAGUGGAGAAGAGGAGGGAGAAAAGGGAGUGAUCGAGGAUAAGUUUUUGAAGAUAAAGGAAUUGGAGGAUUUUUUGGAGGAGGAGGAUGCCAAGGAAUAUGGAUUGGAUACAAGGAAGAAUAAUAAGAAAAAGAAUUUAAGCGACGAGGAGGAGGAUGAAGAGGACGAGGAAGAUGAUGAUGAUGAAGGGGAGGAGGAGGAGGAUGAGGAUGAAGAUGAUGAGGACAAGGAAGAUGAUGAGCUUGGAGUUUUUGGUAAUGGCGAUGAUGAAGAUGAGGAUGCAAGCAAGCGUGCCAGAUACGAAGACUUCUUUGGUGGUAAAAAGAGAAAAAUCUUAAAAAAGAAAACAAAAGAAGACUCAAGCUCAGAUGAUGAACUUGAUGAUGAAGCAUUGAAUGAGAGAAAAGGUAGACUUUCUACCCAUGAAAAACAACUUCAGAAGCUUCAAUCUGAGAUAGAACAGAUGGAGAAAUCAAAUUUGGAGCCCAAAACUUGGACCAUGCAAGGAGAGGUAACUGCUGCAAGCAGACCCAAGAAUAGUGCGUUAGAAGUUGAUUUAGACUUUGAACACAAUAUGAGGCCCGCCCCUGUAAUCACUGAGGAGGUUACUGCAACACUUGAAGAUAUGAUUAAGAGUAGGAUCAUUGAGGGGCGGUUUGAUGACAUUCGGAAGGCUCCCAGUUUACACUCUAAAGCACCAAGAGAACUGAAAGAGUUGGAUGAGAAUAAGAGCAAGAAGGGUCUUGCCGAUGUUUAUGAGGAAGAAUAUGUUCAAAAGACAAAUCCAGCAGCUGCUCCAUUAUCUUUCUCGGAUGAACAGAAGAAGGAGGCAAGUGUCCUGUUCAAAAAACUGUGCUUGAAGUUGGAUGCUCUUUCUCAUUUCCACUUUGCUCCUAAACCUGUCAUAGAGGACAUGUCUAUCCAAGCAAAUGUCCCUGCUCUUGCUAUGGAGGAGAUUGCACCAAUGGCAGUUUCAGAUGCAGCAAUGCUGGCUCCUGAGGAAAUUUUUUCGGGCAAAGGUAAUAUCAAGGAAGAAGCAGAACUUACAAAGGCCGAGAGGAAGAGGAGGAGGGCUAACAAGAAAAGAAAAUUUAAGGCCGAAUCAGUGAAAAGGAUGCCAAAGAAGGCACAAGAGAACACAACACUAAACCACGAUGAUGGCAAGGAAGAAUCAUAACUUGGUUCCUGAUUAUAUCCGUGCAUAAGGAACUCCCUGAACCUUUUCAAGCUAUGGUUUCCAGUUUAGGACAGCCAUACAGAGAGGAGAAACAGGAGAAGAGCGCUAUCUUACAACAUUGUAAUGGUUUUAACAAGCGGUGCACUAGCUAUGCCAGAAGAACUAGAAAGAUUUGGGAUCUAGCUUGAAAGAAACUUGGUGGGAAGUUUGCAACUAUAAGCUAUACCUUUACUUUAGAAAUAGAGGUGAAAUUUUGUUCUGUGUUUCAUUAAACCGCUGAUCAACGUUUGACACAUUAAUUUGUCAUUUUAUUCUUUAAUUGGGCUGGUUCAAUCAUGCAAUGUAAUAUGAAUCAGGAGUUAAAAGCAAGGACGAAUGAUGAAAGGCAUUCCCUAGAAGAAUAUGCCUAACAAGACUAAAUGCUCCUUUUGGGCAAUUUAUCAGAAUGCAGCUAUCCAUGCUUGAGUCUUAUAUCCA